AUGGAGAAUGCAUUCACCUCUUUUCUUUCAACACUCUUUUUGCUUCACUAUGUUAUGGCUAGUUCAGCCAUGACUCAUACCAACAUUACCACUGAUCAAUUAGCUCUUUUUUCCCUGAAAUCCGAAAUCAGUUCUGACCCCUUUCACUACUUAGAUGAAAGUUGGUCUUCUGCUACUUCUGUUUGCCAUUGGGUUGGAGUCACUUGUGGCUCUCGCCACCAGAGAGUGAAGUCCUUGAAUCUUUUCAACAUGGCUCUUACAGGAACAAUUCCCCAUAAUUUUGGUAACCUCUCAUUUCUUGUUUCUCUUGACUUGGGAAGCAACAAUUUCUAUGGCAAUUUGCCUCAAGAAAUGGCACACUUACGUCGGCUUAAGUUUCUUGAUUUAAGUUUCAACAGCUUCAGCGGGGACGUUCCUUCCUUGUUUGGGUUUUUACACCAACUUCAAGUUCUAAAUCUUGGAAAUAAUAGUUUCACUGGUUCUAUCCCUUCUUCAUUUUCUAAUAUUUCCACACUUGAGACUUUGAAUCUGAAAUUCAAUUCCAUAGAGGGUCAAAUCCCAAAAGUGAUUGGAAGUCUUAUAAACCUUAGAAAAUUAAUCUUGGAGGAAGGGAUCAGCAAUCUUCACAACCUGAACUUGUUAUCCAUAGAAUAUAAUCAACUUACGGGUUCUAUACCAUUGACAAUUUUCAAUAUUUCUAGAAUCAAAUUCAUCGCAUUUACAAGCAAUAGCUUACCAGGAAAUCUUUCCAAUGAUUUAUGCAACGGUCUCCCAAUACUCAAAGGGAUUUAUCUGUCUUUAAGCAAGCUUCAUGGACAUGUGCCUACAAGCUUGCCAAAUUGUUCAGAACUUCAAAAACUGUCUUUAUCAUAUAAUGAGUUUGAUGGACCAAUACAUAGUGAAAUUGGAAGAUUACCUAAUCUACAGGACUUGGCUCUCAGAUCUAACCAUUUCACUGGGAUAAUUCCACAAGAAAUCGGAAAUCUUGUUAAUUUGGUGAAGUUAGGCAUGGAGAGAAACCAAAUUACCGGCUCAGUCCCGAUCUCCAUACACAAUAUCUCCUCGCUGCAAUUUCUUAAUCUAUGGGGGAACAAUCUCAAGGGAUCCUUACCGCGGGAGAUUGGCAACUUAACCAAAAUGCAGUUUCUCUAUCUUAAUUCAAAUAUGUUUACUGGUGAAGUACCCAAAGAGAUAAGAAAUCUCAUGGAGUUAAGGAUCCUUGAUCUUAAUUCUAAUAGCUUUAGUGGUUCACUUGCAAUGGAAAUCUUCAGCAUAUCAAGGCUGAAAAAAGUUUGUCUUGGAGACAACAAUCUUGUUGGGUCUAUACCUCAUUCAAUCUCCAAUUGUUCAAAACUUACCUUAUUAGAUCUUUCACACAACAAACUCACUGGUUUGAUUCCCAACUCCCUUGGAUAUCUUACUCAUCUACAGUACUUAGUCUUGGGGGCCAACCGUUUAACCAGUGACUCAUCAUUUAGUUUCUUGACCUCCUUAACCAAUUGCAGAAAAAUAACAACUCUUUAUCUAGAUUUGAACCCUCUAGAUUGUAUGCUUCUGGUCUCUAUAGGAAACUUCUCCACAUCUCUUCUAAAAUUUUAUGCCCAAAGUUGCAAAAUCAAUGGCCAAAUUCCAAAUGAAGUUGGGAACUUAAAUAGCUUAUUAACCCUUGAUAUUUCUGAAAACAACUUGGUUGGACCGAUUCCCACAUCAAUUGGAAACUUGACAAACCUUCAGAGAUUGGGUAGCAUUUACUUUGGUCAAAAUCAACUUUCAGGAUCUCUUCCAAAUUGUUUAUGGAACGUUACUUUGCUAAGAGAGAUACAUCUGCGUUCCAAUAAUUUGAAUUCCAAUAUACCAACAAGCAUAGGGAAUCUUAAAGAUCUUGUGGUUCUUGACUUAUCGUCAAACAACAUGGGUGGCUCUUUGCCUACAGAAAUUGGAAAUCUAAAGGUUGCGAUACAAAUGGAUAUGUCAAUGAAUCAAUUCUCAAAUGGAAUUCCUAGAGAAAUUGGAGGAUUACAAAAUUUGCAGAAACUUUCUUUGAGAUACAACAAGUUGCAAGGAUCUAUACCUGACUCAAUGAGCAACAUGAUAGGUUUGGAAUUUUUAGACGUUGCUCAUAACAAUAUAACGGGAAUCAUUCCCAAAUCCCUGGAGAAACUUCAAAAUCUCAAGUAUUUCAAUGUUUCUAUCAACAAAUUGUAUGGUGAAAUACCCUCAGGAGGUCCUUUCAAAAACCUUUCGAGUCAGUUUUUCAUCUACAAUGAAGCAUUGUGUGGUUCUUCGAGAUUUAAUGUCCCAUCAUGCCCCACUUCAUCAAAGCAUAAAUCAAAUGGGAAAAUUUGCUAG